GGCCAUGUCAAUCUCACACAAUCCACCACUCUCGAAAGCCUCGAUGAUUCUAUGGGCCCAUUGGGUCCUCUGGGCAUAGAACCAUCAGAAGAGCCAAGUGCCCCAACACCUCCGGUGAAAGAGCCAGCUUCAAGGACAAGACAGCCCAUCAAUUCCACGCCGUCCACUGCUGCCUCAGCUGUUUCAAGUUGGAGCGCGGAUGUAAUCGACGACUCCUCGCUCAAUGGUGGCCCACGAAUACCGCCUCCGGUCCAGCCGACUUCUUUCGAUGGACGCGCAAGACCGACACAGCCUUCGCAGCCCGUCGAACAGGCAGCCAAGCCGACAUUCUCUAUCACAGUGGGGGACCCACACACGGUCGGCAAUGCUGCGAGUAGCCACACUGUGUACAGCGUCAUCACCAGGACGACCUCCAAAGCAUUCAUGAACCCCACGAUGACAGUGACGAGGAGAUAUCGGGACUUUUUGUGGUUGUACGAGCGCUUGCACGACACAAAUCCAGGCGUGGUUGUGCCUCCACCACCAGAGAAGCAAGCUGUCGGCAGAUUUGAUACGAACUUCAUCGAAUCAAGACGAAUGGCACUCGAGCGUAUGGUCAACAAGAUUGCUGCACACCCAGUCCUUCAGAUGGAUGGCGAUCUCAAGACUUUCUUGGAAAGCGAAUCAUUUAAUGUGGCCAUCAAGCACUCAGGGAAGGAUCCUCUGCUGGGCGGCAGCGAGUCGAAAGGCAUCAUGUCAAGUAUAGGUCUUGGUGGUAGCUCUGGAGGCAAGUUUGUGGAGCAUGAUGACUGGUUUCACGAUCGCCGAAUAUACUUGGAUGCUCUGGAGACCCAGUUGAAGGCUUUGCAAAAGAGUACUGAUACUGUCGUGGCUCAGCGGAAAGGACUGGCAGAGUCAUGUGCAGAGUUCAGCGCUUCUCUUCAUAAUCUUGCAGCCGUGGAACUUUCACCAAGCCUUUCUGGACCUCUCGAUGCCCUAGGAGAUCUGCAAUUACGUGUCCAGGAGCUUUACCAGCGACAAGCGAUGCAGGAUAUCCUAACGCUAGGCAUUGUGAUUGACGAAUACAUCCGCCUGAUCGGAUCCGUGAAGAAGGCUUUCGAACAGCGACAAAAGGCAUACCACUCAUGGCACUCAGCGGAAUCUAAGCUUCAGGAAAUUAAGAAGCAGCAGGAGAAGCUCCUUCGCGCAGGUCGCACACAACAAGAUAGAAUUGGACAAAUGCAAGCGGAUCUUGCUGAUGCUGAAAGGAGAGUGCACGCUAGCCGUCUGCUGUUCGAGGACAUGGGAAGGUUGAUGCGGACCGAGCUUGACCGAUUCGAACGUGAGAAGGUUGAAGACUUCAAGAGCGGCGUGGAGACUUUCUUGGAGAGUGCUGUCGAAGCGCAAAAAGAGCUCAUUGAACUCUGGGAGACUUAUCUGCUCCAGCUUGAUAGUGAUGAAGAUGGCCCUCCUCUGAUGCCUGCUGGCGUUGUAGCGGACCCAGACCCCAGAUCUUCGGAAGCAGCAUUACGGCACGAGGCAAACAACUCUCGCUUGGACACUGACACCGAUGAGCAGACCAUUUCUGGCACCACAGCUUGCGACAGUGACGAGUUCCCAAGACCAAGUCAAGACACUGCUAAUGAGGAGGUACAGACGGCGGCAUAGCAUACUCAUGAGGUUGAGGCUUGAUCAGAGGCCUGAUAAUGUAAGCGUUUCAAGAUACCACAAAUAGCGAAUAUCCCUCUCGCCAGAGUCAUUCGACCUCUGUCCC